AUGUCUUUUGGCACUAGCACAAAAACGGGCUUCUCCGUGAGGGAUAUCCUGGAUCUCCCAGACUCGACCGGGAGAUGCGGCUCCGGGAAUGAGGAGACUGAGGAGGACGACACCGAGGAGGCCUCCGCGGAGGUGUCAGGGGCGGAAAACGCGCAGAAAUUGGGAUUUAGCGGUCGGAGUUUGUGCGGGCGCGGCGGCAGAAGCUACGGCAGGUGGAGCCGCGGAUCCGGUAACCUGCACUUCUCAUUACACGGCAUUUCGUUGGACUCCCGCAUCGAGCCAAAAUCUCCCGAGCUCUCUACAGACGAGUCCCCGGACGCGGAGAGGGAUCCGGCGGGCGGCACUGCGCAGAAGAGCCGCGGAAGAAAGCGGCGGGUCCUCUUCUCCAAGGCGCAGACCUUUGAGCUGGAGCGCCGCUUCCGGCAGCAGCGUUACCUGUCCGCCCCGGAGCGGGAGCACCUGGCCGGGCUGAUCCGCCUCACCCCGAACCAGGUGAAGAUCUGGUUCCAGAACCACCGCUACAAGAUGAAGCGGUCCGAGCACAGCCUGCAGGCGCUGCCGCUCCUGCCGGCGCGCCGGGUCGCCAUCCCGCUGCUGGUGCGGGACGGGAAGCCCUGUGAUCGAAUCACAGCGCAGGAGCUGGAGGUGACGCUCAGGUCCGGCCUGAGCCUGCCUCUGUGUGCCUACUCCCCGCUGCUGCACCCCGCGUACGGCCCGGAGCAUCCCGGGCUGCCUCAGCAGCACCCAGGGGUGCAGCAGCUGGCGCACAUGUACCACUGGAGCUGGUGA